ACUCUUUCUCUCCACAACCACUACAUUUAGAAUACAUCACCAACGACAACUCGAAUAUGGCGACGUUGGAAUCUGCGAUUGAGGACCAAGAUGCUGCUCUCUUUGAGGAAAUACUGGGCUCCUCUCCUGGUCCUUCACAGCGAGAGCUCGACCAGGCUCUCUCACUUGCGGUCGAUUCCGAGCUUGGUCUUCCCGACGCUGUGAUCCCAUUGUUUGAGAAAGGUGCCCGCAUCACAGAGAGUGUAUUUCUGGAGGCCGCAAUCAGAGAAGGGGUUGAACUUUUCGAAAUUUUUCUCAAAUACGGAUGGGACAUCAAUUCAGUGGAGUUUGGUGAGCCAGCUUUGAGACUUGCUAUUGAUAGCGAGACAAAGGUGAGAUGGCUCUUGGACCAUGGUGCCGACCCCAAUGUCACCGGAGAGAAAUACGCUUCGCCUCUUGCCACCGCCGCACUUGAACCUCUUUCUCCAGUGUUCGAUGUUCUUAUCUCACACGGCGCGAAACUCGAUCCGUACGCUCUGUUUUUGGCUAUGCGCCCACGUGGCAAAGGUGGAAUUCCAGUCAUGGAAUAUCUCAUCGAUCGUGGUAUUGAUAUCAAUGCUGUGCGACCAGAAGCCGGGACGCCAUUGCACUACGCUGUCUCUUUGGGGAGCAACGGCAGAGAGAAAUUGGAAUUGCUGUUGCGGCGAGGUGCGGAUAAAAGUGUGAGAGAUAUGUCCGGAAUGACGCCUGCGGAGCUAGCCAAGCAGAAAGGCUGUCUGGAUCUUCUUGUUAUUCUUGGGGAAUAGAUGGCCAUCAGUGCAAUUGGUAGAGAAGGAUCGGCUCCGGGCACUUUCUUUCAGUUUCAAACAUAUCUUUGAGGAUACCAACGUAUUCCAACAUCUACGCUGUUAUCGGUCAUCCUUCAGCCCCCUUUGCAGUCCACUGUUGUCGGCCACGUUUACCAGACACAUCUACAACAUACCACAUAAUCAGACAAGCUAUGAGAAUGAGAGACCCAGAACUCCAUGCUCCACGGCACACUGUUGGCUAUUUCUGUCCUCGUUGUGUGGGUUGCAUCGGGGCCGCAUUUACAGGCCAUCCGCCCUGUUUUCCUCGACCUUUCAAACAGGCCAUCCCAUCGACCGUCAGCUCACAGCUCAAAGCGUUCCACUUCUCCCUCUAACGCUGUUUCAUGUUUCAAACUAGGGUCCCGAAUAGUCCAAUGAGAAAGUCCAAAGUUCCUGUUGGCCUGAGCUAUGGUUUACUUCUGUCUUCGCAUAGGACCUGCAACUUUCUCAGUGCGGCCAACGACACUUGUCCUCAGAGCACUUGAACAGAACUUCCAAGAUGGGAGGAUCCCAACAAAGUACAGAAUGAUAUUUUUAACGCCGUUAGUCGUCUACUUGUACCGUACUAAUUAUCUAAAGUGCC